UCUCAGGAGGAAAAAAGUCCUAAGGAAAGGAUUUUCAUGAAAAGAUGUCUGCGACACGAGGCUGUGGCAGUGGAAGCAGUGGUCACUCUGGGCAGCUCCUGGUCCUGGAUGGACACUCCUGGGGGUUCUUUCAGGGGUGUUGAUUUUCUCCCCCACCUUGUGCUGUGUUAAAGGAAACCCACACGACCCUGAGGGGAAGUGAAGGCAGUGAAACUUCCUGUCUUUGGUGUUUGGUAAACUUUGAAACCCGAGCAGUUGCGUUCAGCACAGCGCUCGUGGAGUGGCUUCAUUUUCCCAUAAAACACCUCAGUUUUGUGGUCAUUCCUCAGCUGUGCCUGUGACCAAGCAACACCCUGACUGUGUGGUGAGCAGAGCACCUUUGGGUGCCCCCAGGAGCUGGCAGUGCCAGGCUGGGGUGCUGUUCCUGCAGGUGGCAGGGUCGGUGCCAACCCGCUCACGACCAUGGUGAGCGUGAGGGGAUGGAUCCAUUGCUUUGCUUCCUGGUGAGCAGGGACAGAUCCAUCGCUUUGCUUCCUGUGUGGCACACUUAAUUGCCCAGGUUAAUCACCCAGGUUAAUUACCUGGCCCUCCCAGUGCUGACACACAGCUGCUUAGAGCUUGGAGGUCACGGUGACCCGAGGGAGAAGGAGGAUGUGUUGCUGUAACAAUGGUGCUGAUGCUCCGGUGCCCCAUCCCGCUGCUGUGGCUGCCCCAGCGCCCUUAGCUGGGCUCACCCCUGCUGCUGUGCCCCCCAGGAGGAUCGAGGACUGCCUGCCCCUGCUGCAGGACUCCCCCUCCAAGCGUUUCUCUCCGUCCAAGAGGAAGCAGUACUACAUCAACAAAGCCAUCCGCAACUCCGACCUCAUCCCCAGGGCCAAGGGCCGCAAGAGCCUCCAGAGGCUGGAGAACACUCGUUACCUGAUGACGCUUCUGGAGCAGGAUGACUGCGGAAGCGACGAGGGAGAGCUCAGCCACUCUGCCACCCCCAGCAUCUUCACUGAGGCCUGCAACAACGAGACCUAUGUGGAGAUCUGGAACGACUUCAUGAACCGCUCGGGAGAGGAGCAGGAGAGGGUCCUGCUCUACCUGGAGGAGGAGGCCAGGAAGAAGCACAGGAGGAAGCUGCCUGUCAAGAAUGAGGACAAGUGGAAAGCAGAGCUCCCUGCCUACACCCCCCAGGAGUGCUUCCAGCGCAUCAGCCGCCGCCUGCGUGCCACCCUGAAGAGGGGCAGGAUCCCCAUGGGGACUCUGGAAGGGCUGGAGGAGGAGCUGCUGGCCUUCUUCUCUGUCACCCCUCAAUCUGUGUACACAGCACUGAUGGAUAACAGCUUUGAGAGGCUCCUGCUCCACGCCCUCUGCCAGUACAUGGAUCUCGUCUCUGCCAGCUCGGACAUCGAAGGGAAGCGCCAGAUGAAAGUGAGCAACAAACACCGCGUGUUCCUGCCCCCGGAGCUGCUGCUCUCAGACUACCUGGGCCAGAUGAGCUGAUGUUGCCCCCACAGCCCCUCGUGUGUCCUGUGCAGCCUCUCCCGGACCCUCCUCAGCCCUUCCCCUGCUCCCAGGCCGGGCCUUUGUGGCUGUGCUGGCAGCAGGGCACAGGGUGCAGAGCAGGUGCCUCUCGCCCGCCCUGCUGCCAGCACAGCCCUGCUGGAACUGCUCGUGUGUCUAUUUAUAACCCAGGUGUUUUUAAAAAAGAAUCAGGCGGGGCCAGCCUCCCUCGG